AUGAAAAGAAAUUAUGAAUUGCAUGUUUUUAAGAUUCUUAGUCUAGCAGAAGAUAUUCGAAAGAAACGUGCUCGUCAAGAUAGUUAUCAUAGAAUAAAUUCAGAUGAAAUUUAUCAAUCAUUUUUUCAAACUCAUACAUGUUAUGAUGUAAUGCCAAAAUCAGGAAAAGUAUUAUUAUUAGAUACAAAAUUAUCGAUUCGGAAAGCAUUUUUUUCCUUGGUUUAUAAUAAUGUUCGAGCUGCACUUGUUUGGCAUGCAGCAACAUCAUCAACAAUUGGUUUAUUAACUAUAUCAGAUUUUAUUAAUCUUUUAAUUAAAUUUUAUGAUGCUAAGUGUAAAAGUAUGGAAACAUUAGAAACAUUUUCAAUAUUAGAAUGGAAAGAAGAAUUACAACAAGAUCAAUCGGCAACAAAAAUUAUUCAUUUAAGUCCAGAAGAUAGUUUAUAUAAAGCUAUAUUAACAAUAAUUAAUCGUAAAGUUCAUAGAAUUCCUAUCAUUGAUCCUGUUACAAAAGAUUAUUGUUAUUUAAUUACGCAUAAACGUAUAUUAAAAUUUUUAUAUUUAUAUAUCUACGAUCUUCCUCAACCAACGUUUAUUCAUAAAACAUUAGAUGAAUUGAAGAUCGGAACAUAUGAUGGUCUUAUUAUGUUCUGCUUAGUAUCAUUGACAUGA